AUGAGCGAGAGCAUGGGAGCUUUUCUGAGCGAAAAAGCCGAGGCAUUUUCUGUUGAUGCCCUGUUGGGCUUGAAGACCAGUAAGCAAUAUGAUGGAAAUACUCACAUAUCAGAUCGAGAGAGGUGUAACUCUAAUAAUAAUGAAGCUGAUGUUCAAUUGGAGUUGAUUGGUCGCGAAUUAUGGUCGGAAUUCCAUCGCUUAGGAAAUGAAAUGAUUAUUACCAAAUGUGGAAGAAGAAUUUUUCCUGCUCUGAAGGUUUCAGUCACUGGAUUAAAUCCAGAAAAGAACUAUAUUAUGUGGAUUGAUGUAAUACCUGUUGAUAACUUACGUUAUCGAUAUGUUUACCACAGUUCUCGGUGGAAAGUUGCUGGAAGAGGUGAACCUAGUUCUCUAAGUUCGACUUAUUUUCAUCCCUAUAGCCCAGCCUCUGGUAAACAUUGGAUGUCCCAACCAAUCACUUUUGACAAAGUUAAGCUCACUAAUGCUAGAACGCCUCCAACAAAAGGAAAGAUAUCUCUUCACUCCAUGCACAAGUAUCAACCUCGUUUUCACAUACAGGAGGUGACGGAAUUUGAACCUAAACCACAAGCCAAUCCAGCUCACAUCGUAUCAUUCAUUUUUCCAGAGACUCAAUUUAUCACAGUAACAGCUUACCAGAAUCAACAGAUCACUCGCCUGAAAAUUGCCAGCAAUCCUUUUGCAAAAGGUUUUCGGGAAGCAGCAAGAACUAGUGAUAAUAAAGACACGAAUUCUUACUCUUCCUUCCCGUCAUCAAUAUUUGCUACAUUUUUGAUGAAUGGAAACUGUAUUCAGCAGGUUGAAAGUGGCUUAAAUCUUCGCCCUUUGAAAACUUUUGAAGAGCAUAGGCCUGACGUGUAUACUCUUGAUCUUAUUUCACCUUUCACAAAAAUGCAACACUUUCCUGGCAAUAAACAUAUGGACUCUUGUGUGUCUUCGAACUUUGCAUCAUCUAAAGAAAACUCUAUUUUAAGAAAUGACUCUUCGAUGAACUGGUACAUUGCAAAAUCAAAUUUAAGUCCUCAUCCACUAAGGAAGUCUCAAAGUUUUCCGGUUUUAGAUCUUGGAAUGACAAAAAAUACUCCGUUGUUACAUUGUUAUCCGCUUAUGAACUUAUGA